AUGGGGGAGAAGUCGCCCCCACUGCUGGGUGGGAACAAGCCGCACCUGGAGAAACUGACCCUCGGGAUCACCCGCAUCCUAGAAUCUUCCCCAGGAGUGACAGAGGUAACCAUCAUAGAAAAGGCACCUGCUGAACGUCAUAUGAUUUCUUCAUGGGAACAAAAAAAUAACUGUAUAUUGCCUGAAGAUGUGAAGAAUUUUUACCUGAUGACCAAUGGCUUCCAUAUGACAUGGAAUGUGAAGCUGGAUGACCACACCAUUCCAUUGGGCAGCAUGGCAAUUAACAGCAUCUCAAAACUCACUCAACUUAACCAGUCUUCCAUGUAUUCACUUCCUAAUGCACCAACUCUUGCAGACCUGGAGGAUGAAACAGAGGAAGCCAGUGAGGACCAGCUGGAGAAACCUCACUUCGACACUCGCAGUGUGAUAUUUGAGCUGGAUUCUUGCAAUGGAAAUGGGAAGGUUUGCCUUGUCUACAAAACUGGGAAGCCAGCAUUAGCACAGGACACUGAGAUCUGGUUCCUGGACAGAGCUUUAUACUGGCAUUUUCUCACUGAUACCUUUACUGCUUAUUACCGCCUGCUCAUCACCCACCUGGGCCUGCCCCAGUGGCAGUAUGCCUUUACCAGCUAUGGCAUUAGCCCACAGGCCAAGCAAUGGUUCAACAUGUAUAAACCCAUCACCUACAACACAAACCUGCUCACAGAAGAGACCGACUCCUUUGUGAACAAGUUGGAUCCCAGCAAAGUAUUCAAGAGCAAGAACAAACCUUUAAUCCCCAAAAAGAAAGGGCCUGUGCAGCCUGCAUGUGCCCAGAAAGGGCCCCCAGGUUCCUCCACCUCUAAAUCCUCCUCUGGCUCUGGAAACCCUGUCCGGAAAUGAGCCCUCCCACCUCCAGCUCCCUGCCAGCCACACCACACUGGGGAUCGCCAUGCAUUGGUGACCCCAAGGGUGUCCCAAGCCUCUGAUUCUGUGUGUUGAACCAUAGGCUUCAUCCCAUGUAAAUCACCAAAAUCCUAGGCCUUUUAUUCCCAUUGGCAUCAGCCAAG